AUGGUCAGGGCCGUGAGCUGGACACGGGAAGGGGGUCAAACCGUGUAUCACUCGGACGAGGCUCGUGUCCACGCUGACUUCAAGGGGCGCGUCCGCUACCUGGGGGACCUGCAGCACAACUGCUCCCUGCGGGUGGCAGGGCUGCACCCCAGCGAUCGGGGCAUCUACCGCUUCCGGUUCGAAGUAGUGACCAAUGGCAGCACCCGUAACGCAUGGACGGGCCAGACAGGACAGCAGCUCAAUGUCUCCGACGAUCGGUGCCAGCCCUCCCUGGGGCACCGACUGGAACCGGGACCCUCCCUCACCUGCUCCAUGGGGGCCGCCUGCCCCCAUCGCCCCUCCUGGUACGACCGAGAUGGUGCACGGCGGAGCCCAGAGCAAACCCCAGGCAGGGCUGGGGUGACCGAGCUGCGAAUAUCCCCGUCCCAGCUGGGCCCCGGCACGACGCUGAGAUGCCAGGUGGAUGGAUACAGGGAUGAGUGUGACUCUGACCAAUCCCAGCCCCUGGGGACAGUCGCCCCCAACGUGCCCAGGGUCGAGGUUUCGUGGCCGGCAGGGAAGGCAGCGCUGAGGGAAGGCGACAAUUUUACCCUGCGCUGCCAGGCUGCUGCCCUGCGGCCCAUCGCUGGGUACGUCUGGUCCCGCGGGGACGUGUGGCUGCCAGAAGCCGGGCAGGAUUUACGUGUUGACAAGGCAGCCGUCUCUGACGGAGGGAGCUACGCGUGCGGGGUCUGGGUCUCCGGCCCCGGCUGGGGGUAUCUGAGCCUCUCUGCGAGGGAAUCGGUCCAAGUUCAGCUCCCCGGGACACCCACAUACAUCAUAGGACUUACAGUUGUGCUUGUCCUGUUACUGCUGGUGGGGCUGGUCGGCGUCACAGCUUGGAGUAAGAUGCGGCGCAAACGCCAGGGAAUGAGCAGCAAUGCGCACCAGCCAGGCCCGGGGGAGACCCCGAUGUCUGAACACAUCUACGAGAACGCCCAGGACUAUGGCAUGGGGCAGCCAGCCCGCCUGGCCCCACCCGGGCCCCCCAGCACGACCACCGAGCUGUGCCCAGGCUCUCCGGCCGGCACCGAGCAAUCCCACAUCUACAGCCAGCCGAUGGACAUGGGCAAAGUACCGCAGGGUGACCCAGACGAGGUCCAGUACUCGGCCAUCCAGCUGCAGCCUCCCACCCAGAGAGCAGCGCCUGCCGCCGACCUCACCUGCGACCUCACCUGCGAAUACGCUGCUAUUAAGUGCUAGCAUCCAGUUGCGGCUCACCUGGCGCCUCCCCCCAAAUUCAGGGCAGCCCCACUGCCUGGGCAACACACGAGGCCGGGCUGGGUGAUCUCCCCGCCCCCGGCUGAGCUGAGAAUCUGGGAAUUAGGCUCCAAAUUCAGAGGUUUGCUGGAUCUGGAUUCAGCGGUUGGGGGGGUUGCUCCAAAUCAGGCCUGGAGGUGGCGCCUUGCAGGGCAGCACAAAAAUAAUCAGUUCCCAGAUCACUGGGAGGACAUGAAAAUCCGAGGAGCGAAGGAUCUCAGGGUUCACAAGGUGUGGGAUGGGGAGGAAGUCAGGGAAUGGGGUCGUGCUGAGAUCUAGAGAUCCAUGGGGCGGCCGGCCUCAUGUGGCUGGGGCUGGAGGUGGGGUUUGGUGUUUGAUUUUGUUCUGUGACGAGGUAACCAAGACUGAAUUUUUUUAAUGAAGAACCACAGAGAGAGACAGACCCAGAACAGCCAAUGGGCUGGUGGGGCCGGCGCUGUGGAAGACCCAGAUUCAAGCCCUUGCUCUGUUUGAUUCACACUGGGACAUCGGGGCCAGCCCUGACUGCCAGGGGAGAGCCCCCACUCUGCCCCUAUGCAGCACAGCGCCCCCUACUGCUGCCCUGAGGCAUUGGGGCCAGCCCUGCCCGGGAAGAGCACCUCCACCCUCCUUCCUGCAGCACAGCUCCCCCUAGUGCCGCUCUGGGGCAUCGGGGCCAGCCCUGCCUGCCAGGGAGAGCCCCCCCCUCCCUGCAGC